UAGUAUCGAUUUGUAAUUUCAGUUGACAAGAUUUGUUAAUUAAGCGCGCUCUGUUACGUCUGGAAGUACGAAAUGACAAGUUCUAAAACCCCGGUUACCUAAAACGCGCGUAUCAUACUUUUCAAAUGUGCAAAUGCAUAAGCUUAGAAUGAAUUCACAUUUCGGUAUCAUACAAUAAUAAAUGUUAAUUGAAAGUGUUUUUAAUACAUGACUGUGAUAUUUACAAAAAAACAAUAUGCCACAUGCACAACUAACAUGUUUUGAUUUCAAAAAUAAUUAUUAAACCAUCUAAUUUGUGUGCGGAAUAUAUGUAGAUAGCAUGCAUGAAGCUGCGACUGAGGAAUUUGACUUGUUGGGUGGUGCGAGCUCUAUUUAUGAAAAGGGUAUGUGUUUAGCAGUACAUCAAAUAAAUCUCCAAGCAUCUAUACAUCCUGGUACUCCAGUAGAUCAUCAGUUAGUGCGCUCACCUGAAAAUGUUGACAAUAAUUAUAUAAAUGCAGCAGCCCCCACAAAUUUGCUAAGUGAUAUAAAAACAGAAGUUGCGGCCUCAAAAGAUCUAUUUCCAACGCAAUCCUCAACGUGGCAACAGCAUCCAAUAAAUAGCGAGCAACAUGCUCAUCAUCGAUAUCAACAUCGGCACCAGCAGCGACUAGAAGAUCGGCAUCAGCAUCGCUUAAGCUUGAGUACCAGUAAAUUAUUGCUACAAAACUCAGAUGAUCCUUUAAUAUCUCAUGGCGCUAAUAAUGUAGUGACAGCCGAUGAUGACAACCAGCUUAUUAUAUCCUUGUCACCAAAUGAAGAUAAUAGUAAGAGCAAUCGAACCGAUCGAACGUUCGGCUCGCAUUCUAUUUCCUCAACUGCGAAUAUUCAAUCAUUCUUAUCCAUUUCAACGAGUGCACAACAACCGAAAAAAAUGAAACAAAAUGGCUGCAGCCCCCUAACGAAACAGCAACUUAAAGUUAAGGCUAGUUUAAUGAGUGCGCAAAAUCGUGCUGCCAAUGAGCUAAAACGAAGCGGACAACAACCGGCUUCCGUCGUUCAGAGCAAUAAGAAAACUACUGACUCGAGGAAAGGAGUCUUAAAGUUACGAUUUCACCACCAAGCACUGCCAGCAGAGUACCUUAGUCACUAUGAAGCUACACAGGGGUAUUUCAAACCGAAAUUUUUAGAUACUAGUUCAGUAAAAUCGAUGCAUACUCCAAAAUUGCCACCAGUGAAAACCUCACAUGAAAAUGUUCGUAGUUGGUUACAAAAAAUUGCCGCUAUACACCGAUCAGCGCAGCGAUCAGAGAGCAAUCCUAACACAUCAGUGAAAAUAGUAGAUCAACAUAGAACGAAUACGAAAUUACUCAAGCAUGAAACUUCUACCGAUACCAACAAUAAUUAUCAAAUGAAUCGAGUGCAAUUUUCCGAACAUUCGUUUAAUUCUCAAAAAUCUGCGGAUUCACUUCCUCGCGAUAAUAGGUUCGAUAUAAAUACGAUUGUUAAGCAGUCACCUUCAUCAAGUUCAGCUUCAUUGAACACUACAACAAUAGCUCCCAAUUAUUUAAAAUCCAAGAAAAAGAGUUUUACAUUUACUGACUUACCAUACAUGGGAGAAAUAACCCUGGACAAUUCACGUCCACGUCGUGGACGAAAACCAAAAAAAGCUGACAUCUGCCAUCUUAUAUAUAAAAACUAUGGAACAAUAUUUCCUGAAACACCUAAAAAUGUGCAACCAACAGCAGACGUGAUAAAAGGUACUAUCCAAAACGAAGAAAACCUCCGAAUAACAGAUGAGUUACCAUUAAAUCUUUGUAUGCGUGACCAACAAUGCGACCACUAUUCGAUAUCAAGCGAAGAUAGUCAGAAUGCAUCUGGACUAGCGAAUGUGAGUUUAUUGAAUGAUGAAUUGAUAGAACGUAUUGCUACACCAAAAUCCAAUGACGAACGCCCCUCACAGUCUAAACUUAGAAAUGAGCUCCCAAUCUCAAAUAAUAGAAAGCCUUCUGUUAUUCUGAAAGUGGAGUCGAGUAUUGGUAAGGCCAGAUCUACCUCUACAACAUCUUCAUUAAACACAAAUACACCGAAAAUAUCUAAUAAUAAUAAGCCAAAUGAUAUCGUAUUGCACCCCUUAAAUCUCUACUACCAUCAAUUACUUUCAAACUCUCUAUUGAACAGACAAAAUCAGCCAUUCGGACUGCCCAUCGAAACUAUAGAAAAGGACAAUCAAUUGACUUUAAAAAUACCUAUACCAAAUGGCUUGCUUCGAAUUCCCAAAUCCGAGAAAAUUACAUCGAAUUUGAGUAUAAGUAGCCAAACUAUCGAUUAUCCUGAUAAUAUAUCAACGCCAUCUUCUUUUAAAUCAGAAAGCUCAAAUACAACCACAAGAACAACAAUGAGCGCUAAAACGCCCACAGCAACAGUGAACGCUACAGGCCAGCAAAUUAUUACACCACAGAAGCGAAAACGUUCUGCAAUAUUUAUACCGCCAAUCCCGACAGAAUAUACCUCAAACCCAGCCACGGAGGUGAGCAUAUGCAAAUUUAAAUUUACUGGUGGCGUAAAGCCUUCCUUGCAAGAGAAGAAAAUGCUUUCUGUAGAUUCUGGAGGUAAUUUUCGAUACUAUAGCGGUACGGGCGACAAGUCCACUCGUGGUUAUGAAUUUUUCCCGCGUAAAAGUCUGCAAAAUGCCGCUGGAUUCUUACCGGGAGUGAGUUGUUCAAUAUCGUGUGCCAAUAAUGAAAACGAAUACUCAACCAGUGACAUACCACCUCCAUCCGCAGAACUUAGUAAUGAAAUUUUGCAAAUUCCUGAAUCCCCGACUGCAACGUUAUUAUUACCACCAACAGUUUCAUUACCGAAACCAUCAUCACCAUCUCCGUUAACUAGAUCGCCAGACUCCUAUUCCAGUUCCCCAGCUCUCCCAAUCCAGCAACAAACAUCCAACAUUCAAAUAAUAGUAGAUUCAAAAUGCGACAAUGCUCUGUCUGUUAAGAGUAUCUCUUCCACAAAAAAUCAAUUUAUUAACUCAGUGGCGGAAGUGGAAGUAUUAACACCAUGCAAUCCGACGCAAAGAAAAAAAAAAGCUGGUAAAUCAUCCCAGCGGGAGAAACUAGAGAAGACAUUUAAAGAAAAGGGAUUUCUUAUCCAAACACAGCAACUAGAAUCCGCUGAAGGAGCUACUUACUGUAAAUUUCGACAAUUGAAAAGGUUUACACGUUACUUAUUCAGGAAUUGGAAGGAUUAUCUGCCAGAGGAAGUGUACCAGGAAAAUACGUCAGUGGGAACAGUUGUCAUUCAUCAGCCCAAUAUAGAGGAAGAAGUGAAGAAAGAAUCAGAUAUAACGGAUUGCCUGACAGAGCAAUUAGCUAUUGAGAGCAUUUUGGAGCGCCAUGGAUUUCUGGAAACCGGAAAUCUAUGCCCCAAAAGCAGUAAGCAGACACUGUUGUCCACCCAAAACUUAGUGGAAACAUAAUCAAAUUAAAUGAUAAAAUCCGGAGACACAUUAGAAAUAUUAUGUUUGCGUAAACUCUUAAAUGACUGAAAAAUUAUACAUAUAUUUUGCUAUUGAAUUAUUAACACUGCCAAAGAAUAAUUAGACCUUAACUAUAUUUAAAUCAAUUAAACAUUAAAGUUAUUAUAAAAAUGUGAA